UCAACAUGUUUACUAAUAUUUUGAUCGCAUUAUUUGCCAUCUAUUCAUUCAAGUUGCUGUUUCGAAGAUUUUUUUCUACUCCGAUGUCUAAGGAAGCUAUCGAAAAAGUUCAGAAACUCAUUGCUUCUCACAAGGUCUUCGUUGCCUCCAAGACCUACUGUCCAUACUGUUCGGCUGCCAAGAGGACUUUGAGCUCGAUCGUCAAAAACGACCUGUUUAUUAUAGAGCUCAACACCAUUGAAGAUGGUGACGAAAUGCAGGAUGCUCUUCAGGAGAUUACGGGACAAAGAACCGUGCCAAAUAUCUUCAUUGGCGGCGAGCACAUCGGAGGCAACUCCGAACUGCAAUCUCUGGGCGAAUCCAAGUUGAAGGAGAAGCUGAAAAAGGCUGGCGCUAUUUAGAUUGCCGUUGACUUUACAAUAUUCACAGUAUAUAGCUAGUUAUAUUAUAAUCUCCU